UAGGACGGUUGUGCGUGGUAACCCACAAAAAGUAUUGACAAUGUUAAGUCGGCAAAUAAUAGUUUUUGCUAUAUUUCUAAUAAUUUCAAGUGGAGUAAAUGCAAAAAAGAAAAAACCAAAGGUCAAAGCCAACAAUCCUGACAACACAAUUUGGCAACGGGUAUAUGACGAUAACCUAGUGGACGAGUCAUAUCCAACUAAAAAAGGAGCCAACAAUUCAAAGUUCGUGGCAAUCGAUAAUAACGAAGUCGUAGAUAGACUUCUGGAUUCGCUGGCAGCAAGCGAAAAAUCCAUGAAGAGAAUUGAAAAAAUAGAUUUCAGAUUAAACCGACUAGACGAGGAGAUUCAUGAGAAAUCUGACGACAUCUUGAGGAGUUUAUCCGAUUUAACCACGAAAAUGUACGACGCGGAAACUUUGUCAAAAAUUAACUCUUCAUUACAGCUCAUUAAGGAAGACUUGAAAACUAUGAGGGCACAUAUUGACUCUAAUGUAGCAAGGACAUUGAUAAAUCCAAAGGGUGAGGUCGCCGGAGAAUGUCGCAUGGAUCCAUCGCUGAGCCAUCGCCUGAAGCAAUUAGAAACGCAUUUAUCAUCAAUAGCCAAGAGCAUGGAUUCUGCGACAAAUAUUUAUUCACGAAAAUCUUCUGUAGAUUCUUCUGGUGGCGAUACUUUUGAGUUGCUGAGUGAGCUUCGAAGUAUAAUUCGAGAACAGAAGACACGUACGUGUGAUUUCAGUAACAUUGGUCGAACCGUUGAGAGCCCUGAACGUUAUCCUAGCGACUGCCAAGAGAUACAACUACAGGGAUUCAACAUCACAGGAAUUUAUAAGAUAAAACCUUUCGACGCUGAGCCAUUCUACGUGCUGUGUGAUCUUACUACUGCUGGAGGUGGCUGGACGGUGAUCCAAAACCGAUAUGACGGUUCCCAGGACUUCUACAAAAACUGGUUUGACUAUAAACAUGGUUUCGGUAAUUUGGCUGGUGAAUUUUGGUUGGGCUUGGAGAAGAUACAUUAUUUGACUACACAGAAGCUCUACGAGUUGCGAGUUGACAUCGAGUCUGCUAAUGGUCAGGAGGCAGUUGCUGGGUAUUCCGUCCUCACUAUUGGACCUGAGCAUGAAGGGUACAGGAUAAGUACUCUGGGAACAUACAGAGGAAACGCUGGUGAUUCCUUAGCAUAUCACGCUGGACAGAAGUUCUCCACAUUUGACUCUGAUAAUGACGAGUGGAGAGACGGUGCUUGUGCCAUCGAGCACGGAGGAGCAUGGUGGUAUAAGGAGUGUGAUAAAAGCAACCUCAAUGGUAAAUACUCAACCACCGGCGACGACAACAACGUCCAGACCAUUUUCUGGAUAACGUUCAAGGGACCAAACACGCCGCUGUCUAAGACCAGAAUGAUGAUCAGGCCUCUGCCGGCCACAAGACCCCUUGAACAUGGAAGAACUAAACUGAGAGGUGUGAAAGCUCAAGACAAUCAGAAGUACGUGUCGAGGGAGGGCAGAGGACGUGUAGCAUACAGAUACGACGACUCGCAGGAUGUCUACUUUCCCACCUACACAUGAAAAUUCUUAGACUUAAAUGUAUAAUCCAAUGCAUUUUAUAGCGCUUAAUUUAAUAGUUCAGAAAUACUUAAAAAUU